CGGGAUUCACAAAAAGGAUGUCUAACGAAGUACGCUAUGUGAAGUGGUAUAGGAAGUGUUUGGCGUACAUCCCUACCAGAGCCUAUACUGCUUACUUACUUAGCUGCUACAGAGUGUACGGCAGACGACUGACUUGUCGACAAGAUGAACUCAAUUUUAACAAAAUAUACGGAAGAAGCUUCUAAUGAAGGACAGGAAUGUUUAGAGGAUGAAAGAUUUCAGAACCGUUUUAACGUCGUUCCAGUUCCUGAAGCUUCUUUGUACUUGAGAAGCUUGACGGACGAAACUCAAAAUCGAAACUGUUUAAUCAAAAUGAAUCACGGUACGACAACUCUGGCAUUUCGUUAUCAACACGGUAUUGUGGUGUGCGUUGAUUCCCGAGCUUCGGCUGGUCCCCUGGUAGCAUCACAGACAGUGAAGAAAGUGAUUGAAAUCAACCCAUAUCUAUUAGGUACAUUGGCUGGUGGUGCUGCCGAUUGUCAGUUUUGGCAAACCGUAUUGGGUAUGGAGUGUCGCUUGCAUCAACUUCGUAACAAGGAAUUGAUUUCCGUCUCUGCGGCCAGCAAAAUUUUAGCAAACAUCAUGUAUUCCUACAAGGGUUAUGGACUCAGCAUGGGUACCAUGCUUGCGGGUACCGGAAAGGGCGGCACUGCUUUAUAUUACAUUGAUAGUGAUGGUUCUCGCCUUAAAGGAGACGUGUUUUCUGUCGGUUCUGGUUCCACUUUUGCUUAUGGUGUUCUUGACUCUGGCUAUAAUUGGAAUCUGUCGAAAGAAGAUGCUUUGAACCUUGGUCGCCGAUCCAUCGUUGCAGCCACUCAUCGAGAUGCCUAUUCUGGUGGUUCUUUGAACCUUUACCACAUUGAUGAAAACGGAUGGCAAUUCCAUGGUAACUUUGACGUCGAUAAGCUCAUUUGGGAAGCAAAAGAUACAGAAGGUUCUUUUGCUCAUAUACCUCGAUAAAUGAAUGCUUUUUUUUUCUAUAAAAAAGCCAUAGACAGGUAUAGUCAUGAACGGUUCAAAUAUUUUCAAAGCUUUUGUUAGUUUUCUACCCCAACUGCUGUGUAACAUACGUACUGAGUGAAACUUUGUAUAUGGAAACAGUCAAGCUUCAGACAGAUAUCUUUGAACCUUGAAAACCCUUGUGUGUUCUUGAUGAACCGAAGCGAACCCAUUGUCGUUUCCUUGUGAUGUCCUAUUUCAAGUCUAUCAUUUCUUUUGCUACGAUUUUAGAUUUUUCCUUUACUUUUUUUUUCAAUGAGAUAAUGGUUUUUCCCGUUACCCUAUAAAUACUUAUACUUUGUGUCAGAGUGCAUUUCGACCGUGAUGACCUAAAUUGGAUCAGUAGCUUUCUACAUUUGAUGAGCUUUGUAAAAAUUAA